GUUUACUAGGAACUCAGGUAGUGUUCGUGAGAGAGCCAAUCAAGUGGUUUAUGAACAGCGUGAACAGCACUGAGAAUUUGUUUGCAGCUGCACUAUUUUGAUUCAUUGUAUGCAUUCAUCUCAUUCGUAAAUAAAAAAAAAUACCGAAUUUGGAUCGCACGUGUUCGCCGGUCGCAGAAUCCAAAAAAAUGUUUAAAUUUUCUUUUAAUCAGCCGGACGAGUCUGCAGAUGAGAAAGACACAGAAAAAGCGCCCGAAACGCAAACCGCCGAAUACGAAUGUGAAGAAGUGCUGCUCAACGAUGAACUCAAACAGGGAAUCACCAUCAACCCCGACCAGUUGCAUGUCUUUCCGGCCAGUGUGGACCUCCUGGUGGAAUAUCUAAACUGUGUAUCCAUCCCGAAGGAAGAGCUGGGCUUGGACAUCCUAUCCGCCGAGAUGGACCAUUCCGACUUGAUUCCGGGUCGCUACGAGGGCGGCCUCAAGGUUUGGGAAUGCACCUUCGAUCUGGGCGAACUGAUGGUCGAAAACGAGGAGUACCGGGGGUUGUUCGAGAAGGGGACGGUUCUCGACUUGGGAUGCGGUGCCGGGAUUCUCGGGAUUUUGGCUGUAAAGCUUGGAGCUUCCAAGGUGGUCUUUCAGGAUUAUAACAGAGACGUGCUGGAGAAGGUCACGGUUAAAAACUACUCCUGCAACUGUCGUGGUACGGAAGCGGAAGUCGAUGAGAAAUUCUCAUCCGAUGGAGAGGUGCAAUUCUUUUCCGGUGAUUGGUCCAGCUUUGUGGACAAAGUUGAGGACCAGUAUGAUGUGAUACUGACUUCGGAAACCAUCUACAGUCCGGACAAUUAUGCAAAACUGAUAAAUUUGUUUAAGGAGAAGCUUAAGCCGAGCGGCGUCAUAUUGCUGGCAGCGAAAACCUACUACUUUGGUGUGGGUGGCAAUUUGAGACUGUUCGAAAAGGAAUUGGAAUCUGAUGGUUACUUCACAUUCGAUAAAAUCUGGGAGUGUGAAAGUGGUGUCAAACGAGAGAUUCUGAAAAUAAAGAUCAAAUCGUAAUCGAUCA